AUGUCUGUAGAAGAAACUCAGGAGCAGCUUUUGGCGCGCCAUCGUAAGGAACGCAAGGACCUCACGAACCAGAUCACAUCGCUAAAGAAACAGGCCUCGAAGAAAACGAGAAAACAGGUUAAUGCAAGAUGCCUUGAAUUGGAACAGGAAUUGGAAGCUCGUCACAAGAGUGAACUUGCUCAAUUGAAUGGGGAACAAGUGUCCGAUGGGUCCCAAGAGAAUGAAAUCACUCCGGAAAUGCUACUACAACAACUAAACCUAGAUAAUGAUAAUGCCAGUGCAUCGAACCCCGAAUCAACAGCAACAGUAGUACCUGCAGGUACCACUAGUACUCCCAAUACCGAGGUUUCGGCCGAUACACAGCCCUCAGGUCAAGGCAAGAAACGUAGAAAUAGACAGAAGGAAAGGCUUGCUAAGCGUGAAGCUGAAAUUGCAAGGAUAAAGGAGGAAGCGCUGAAGGAAGCUGCAGAGCAGCCUAACUUGAAGGAAAUCGAGCAGACUGCUUUGGAUGAGCUAUGUGAUGUGUUGAAGCUAAAACAAAUUGACAUCCAGCCUGACGGUCACUGUUUGUUCAACAGUAUAUUGGAUCAAUUGAAAGUUCGCCAUGCUGGUGAUGUCUCGUAUGAUUACGAUUUUCCAGAACAAUAUAAAGGUGCUGUAAAUAUCACGGAAAUGGAUGUAAGUUCUUUGAGGUCUUUGUCUGCAUGCUAUAUCAGAGAACAUCGAGAUGAUUUCAUCCCGUAUCUCUUCGACGAGAAUACAAUGACAAUCAAGGAUCUAGACGAGUACACCAAAACGAUGGAAACAACUGCAGAGUGGGGUGGUGAGGUUGAAAUCUUGGCUCUUUCUAAGGUUUUCGGUUGUCCGAUCAGUAUUCUAAUGUCUGGUAGAUCUACCUAUAAGAUUAACGAGGGUGCUAAAAACCCAGAAUUAAAACUUGUUUAUUACAAGCAUUCAUACACCCUAGGUGAGCAUUACAACUCGUUGCAUGAUCUGUAG